AUGGUGGUACCCAGGAAACAAGCCACCUUGGGCAACACACCCGAGCAGAAGAAAUUUAUAGACAAGAAGUUGUCACUGAAAUUAAAUGGUGGCAGACAUGUCCAAGGAAUACUGCGGGGAUUUGAUCCCUUCAUGAAUCUUGUGAUUGAUGAAUGUGUGGAAAUGGCAACUAGUGGGCAGCAAAAUAAUAUUGGGAUGGUGGUCAUACGAGGAAAUGGCAUUAUCAUGUUGGAAGCUUUGGAACGAAUUUAACAGUGGCUUUUCAGAGGAA